AUGGAACCACCCCAACCACCCAUCGUCCCCAGCCCCCUUGAGCAAUUUGAGAUUGUGCCAUUGAUUGAUUUGAAGAUUGGAAACUUGUAUUUCUCAUUCACAAAUCCAUCUUUGUUUAUGCUGCUAACUCUCAGUUUGUUCCUACUUCUGGUUCAUUUUGUUACUAAAAAGGGAGGAGGAAAGUUAGUACCAAAUGCUUGGCAAUCCUUGGUAGAGCUUAUUUAUGAUUUCGUGCUGAACCCGGUAAACGAACAAAUAGGCGGUCUUUCCAGUAAUGUGAAACAAAAGUAUUUCCCUUGCAUCUCGGUCACUUUUACUUUUUCGUUAUUUCGUAAUCCCCAGGGUAUGAUACCUUAUAGCUUCACAGUUACAAGUCAUUUUCUCAUUACUUUGGGUCUCUCAUUUUCUCUUUUUAUUGGCAUUACUAUAGUGGGAUUUCAAAGAAAUGGGAUACAUUUUUUAAGCUUUUUAUUACCCGCAGGAGUCCCACUACCCUUAGCACCUUUUUUAGUACUCCUUGAGCUAAUCUCUUAUUGUUUUCGCGCAUUAAGCUUAGGAAUACGUUUAUUUGCUAAUAUGAUGGCUGGGCAUAGUUUAGUAAAGAUUUUAAGUGGCUUCGCUUGGACUAUGCUAUGUAUGAAUAAUCUUUUCUAUUUCAUAGGAGAUCUUGGGCCUUUAUUUAUAGUUCUUGCAUUAACAGGUCUGGAAUUAGGUGUAGCUAUAUUACAAGCUCAUGUUUCUACAAUCUUAAUCUGUAUUUACUUAAAUGAUGCUAUAAAUCUUCAUCAAAGUGCUUACUUAUUUUUUUAUAAUUGA